ACUCUGCAGCCAGUGUAGGGCUUGAACUCAUGACCCUGAGAUCAAGAGCCCGCCAGGCGCCACCCACUCCAACCACUUUUAAGUGUAUCAUUCUGUGGCAUUCGAUGCAUUUAUAAGCUUGUGCAGCCACGACCACCGUCCACCUCUAGAACUCUCCUCUUCCCAAACUGAAACUCUGUCCCUGUUGCACACCAGCUCCCGUCGCCCCACCAGCCCGUGCCUCCAAUUGUUCUACUUCCUGUCUCAGAAGAGGCCCCCGGGGACCUCCUACUGGUGAAGUCACACAGCCUUUGUCCUUUGGUGUCUGGCUGUUUGCAUUUAGCACCGUGCCUUCCAGGUUCAUCUGUGCUGGAGGGUCGGGAUUUCCUUCCUUUUCAAGGCUGAGCAGUAGCGCGGUGGAGGGACCACAUCUGUCCCCCCGUCGUCCACAGACACUUGAGCUUCUUCCGUGUUCUGGCCGCUGCCAACGUGGUUUCUGUCCCUUCCUUCAAUUCCUUUAGGUAUCUGCCCACACGUGGCGCUGCUGGGUCACGUGGGAAUGCUGUCAUUUUGCACACCCACCGGGAGUGCAUGCGGUUCCCUUUCUGCACAUCCUCUCCAACUCUUGUUGCUUCCUGGGUUGUUCUGACAGUAGCCGUCCUUCUGAGUGUGAGGUGGCACCUCGCUGUGGCCGUGGCCUGCGUUUCUCUGACACACGAUGCUGAGCGUGGGUCCGCGUCACACGUCUUCUCCGAGGGAAUGUCUGUGCGGGGCCCUUUGCCCGUUUGUAAUAGGACUGGCCCUUCUGUUGUUGAGUUUUAGGAGGUUUCUUUACAUGCUCAGUAUUAAUCCCUUAUCAGACGUGCCUGGCAAAUGUUUGUCCCCGGUCUGUGGGUUGCCUCUUCACGCUGCUGAUCGUGUGCUUUGAUGCACAAGAGUCUUUAAUUUUGAUGGCAUCUGAUUCAUCUUUUUUUUUUUUUUCCUUCUUUUUCCUGUGCUUUUGGUGCCACACUGAACAGCCACGGCCACGUCCAGCGCCACGGAACUGCUGCUCUGUGUUUCUCUCUUGAGUUUUAGACUUCGGCUCCCAUGUUUGAUCUUUUUUUGCGCUAAUUUUGUGUAUGGGGUUAGCUCCGUGGGAAGGCAGUGGCCUUGCUCUCUGUAAAAAGAUGUCCUAUGGAUCCAUCGCUGGCAGUGGUGGCCUGGGGAGCCACAGCCCUUUUGGGGGACCCUCCAGACAAGGCUAUCAGCCCCUAGAGUGCGCUAAAUGUUGGACCGAGUAUGGAAUACGCCAUUUCCCCUGCCCGUCGCCAGAGAGCAGCCCGCAGGACCCCUGUGUGGGCAAGGACGGGGAAGGUGAUCUGGGGUCGGCGGGCACGCCCAGAGGCCCGAGGGCCAGGAAGCGAGGGCCAGGGGUCGCCCCCGAAGGCAGCGGGACACCAGAGCCCGGCUCACCGCCUGCCGCGAGCCCGAGGAAGGACUCUGCCGGCGGGGCCCACGGCCGGCUGGCGGGGCCCGGCGCCACGCGGGCCAAGAAGAGGAAACCCAACUUCUGCCCGCAGGAGACAGAGGUCCUGGUGUCCAAGGUCAGCAAGCACCACCAGCUGCUGUUCGGCACGGGGCUGCUGAAGGCCGAGCCCACCCGCAGGUACCACGUGUGGAGCCGCAUCCUGCAGGCCGUGAACGCCCUGGGCUACUGCCGCCGGGACGUCGUGGACCUCAAGCACAAGUGGAGGGACCUGCGCGCUGUCGUGCGGCGCAAGCUGGGCGACCUCCGCCACGUGGCCCGCGGCCCCGGCCGGCUCCAGGCCUCGGCCCUCACGCCUGUGGAGCAGGUGGUGGCCGAGACCUUCUCCUGCCAGGCCCCCGCCCCGGAGGGCCUCGGCCUGGAGCCGCUCAGAGCCACCCAGGUGGACCCAGGUGACCUCCAGGAGCUGUUCCAGCAGACAUCGGCCAGCGUCUUCCGGAUCAACUCCAACGUGACCUCCUUGGAGCAGAGCCUCCGGUCCCUGGGGACACCGAGUGACACGCAGGAGCUGAGGGAGAGCCUGCACGCGGCGCAGCAGGGGACCAACAAGACCGUCGCGGCCAGCGCCAGCGCCUUGAAGCAGAUGGCGGAGCUCCUGCGGGGCUGCUCCCGGCAGGAGCAUCUCCAGCUGGACCGCCUCAGAACUCAGCUGUCGGAUGCCAUUCAGCGCUACGGCGCAGUGCAGAAGAAAAUCGCAGAAAAGUCCAGAGCCCUGCUUCCCGCCGCGCAGAGGGGCGGCACGCAGCAGCAGAGUCCCCGGGCCCCUUUUGCUGAGCUGCCCGAUGAUGAGAAGAUCUUUAAUGGGGGUGACGGCAUGUGGCAGGGCCAGGAGCAGGCGCUGCUUCCCGAGAUCACCGAGGAGGAUGAGGAGGCCAUCCGGCUGCGCGAGGAGGCCAUCCUGCAGAUUGAGAGUGACUUGUUGGAUGUAAAUCAGAUUAUCAAGGACUUGGCCUCCAUGGUGUCAGAGCAAGGAGAUGCCAUUGGGUCCAGCAGCGGCAGGGCCACGUGCCGGCAGAGCUCCAGCCCCGAGCCAGCCGUGGCGCCCCUGCGGCCGGGCCCUCACUCCCGCACCAAGACGCGCAAGCCCAACUUCAGCCCCCAGGAGACGGAGGUGCUGGUGCAGAGGGUGGCCCGCCACUACCCGCUGCUGUUUGGGGCGCUGCGGGGCACGCCCUCCCGGAAGCACCGAGUGUGGAGCAAGAUCCUGCAGGCCGUGAACGCUCUGGGCUACUGCCGGAGGGACCUGGGUGACCUCAAGCACAAGUGGAGGGACCUGCGAGGGGCAGUGCGCAAGAAGCUGGCGGAGCGCCCACGGGCCCCCGGCCUCGUCCUCACCCCUGUCGAGCGCAUGGUGGCCGAGACCUUCUCGGCCCCAGCCCCCCUAGGCGAGGGCCAGGCUGCCGAGCCCCUGCCAAACACCUCUGCACGUCCUGGUCAGUCUGCUCGGGGGCUGCGCCCCUCCUCACGGCCAAGACGAACCCUGCGCUUCUCGGGCCGCUGCUGGAAGCAUGGUGGGGAUGAAGCCUGGAGCAGGACGGCUCCCUCUUGAAGGCCGCGGAGUGGACCGCAGGACUCAGCCCUGCAGAGACAGGGCCACGAGCCCCUGAUGAUGGAUGGCCGCUUCGGAGCUGCUGGUGGACCCGCUGGGGGACGUGUGUGGACCUGCUGCCGUCCCUGGGGGCUGGCCUUGAUCGCGACCAGCCUGUCAUCCUGGGGGGGCGCCCCACUCUCCUUACAGGCAGAGCAAGACCCGGUUUUGGGGUCCAGGGUGUGCCCACUGGAGGGGGUGCUGGCAGAGGUGGCACUGGUGUGCCCGGACCCACCCCCUAAGUCCCCAGCCCUGGAGCAGGGCAGGAACUUGGUGGCUGUGUUGCUCCUGAAGGUCCCCUGUGCUGGCUGAUGGUGGGGCCCAGUCCAGCCCAGACAACUCUGUCUGCCCUGCUGAGCCAGGCGCCCCCUUCCCUAGACCCUGCAGCCCCAUGGGGACAGCUGACUGACCGGUCUCUUAGCGCUUUGGGCUCCUCCUGGGAGUGUCCCUCCUGGGACAGUGCUGAUUGUCACCGAAUGGGAAUGCAUGGGGCCGGCCUCCCUGGCAGGGCUGAGCUAUGGGGCAGGGAGGUGGCUGCAAAGCCUGAUCGGGGGGUGGAGGGGGGGGGGUUGUGCAGAGACUGCUGCUGAAGGUCCCACCAGUUCCUCCAUCUGGGUCAGCAUUGGCCCAGGGGCUGGGGCAGGGGCAGGCUUGCAGGGGCCCCGUCAAGGCCACAGGGGUGAGGACAGCCAGCUGACAGUGUUGUGGGGCCUCCACAGGGUGCUAUCUGCUGCACCUUGGGGUGCAUCCCCCUGAUUUCUGUCAGUGUUUGGGGGAGCAGUGCUAAUGGGGGGUCUGUUUGGGCCCUGGAGGCCUGGCCCGGUGCCCAGAUGCCCUGUAGCUCUCCACAGCAGAGCCCUGCAAGGCAGCUCCCACUGAGCAGUCCUGCAGGGGGCCUGGGGGUCAGCUCAGGGCUCCUGCAAUUUGCCCUUGACCCACCUGGGAUCUUCAAGGUGAGGCAGAGGCCGUGUGCUUCACGGCCAGCGGAGCACUAGGGUGCCCCCUGCCUGCCUGGCUGCCCCUGGGGCUCAGGACGGGGGAGCUGGCUGUGAGCGGGUGGGCAGGGGCAGAACUGUGAUCUGGGGAGGGCUCUGCUGGCUGAGUGCUGAGUGCGCCCGUUCCUGGUCUGAGCUGGGCUUCAGCUGUGGGGACCACUUGUGAAUCCGGGCAGUAUUGUACCAUCAGAGUUGGGCUCUCGGUGUCCCCAGGACCUUGCUGGGUGCAGACCAGACCUGGGCUUUGUCGGAGCUUGAGCGCAGGGUCCUGGGGCAGCCCAGGCUCCGUGUGGUUGCUGCGUACGGGAGAGAUCAGCUAGGAGUGCGGCCCCCAGCGCCCGGCACGGCUGUGGCCCUGCUGUCUUCCUGCGCGUGGUGGCAGCUGUUCCUGCCCCGUGCGCCCGCCUCUUUCCUCAGCGGGAGCCAGGUGGGGCUGCUGCCGCCCAUGGCCUGGGGGUGCAAGGUGGCUUCUUGGCAUAGGAGCUGGGCCGUGGCAGGGGCGGGGGCCUGGAUGGACGCUGGGGGGUGGGCGCUGCACUUGUGGGAGAAGCAGGGGUGACCCGGCGCAAGGGGGGGCCAAGCUUUCCUUCCUCUCCUUCCAGUGGGGCUCCACGUGGGGGGGCUGUGCUUAGUCUGAGGGGAAGGAGCCCCGGGGAAGACACCCCCGCAGAGCGACCCACUGGGCAGAGGGCGCUGUGCCCCAGAGGCACUUGUGUCCAUCUGUACCUUCUCUGUCCCCGGCCUCGGGCCUCCCGCGUCGCUCGGCUCGGGUGGUGCCCGGGGUGCCCCGGGGGAGAGGUGCCUCUUGAACUUACCUGUUUCUGCCUCCG